AUGGAUAAAAAUUUUUAAUCAUGGUUUAUUCCUAAAUUGAGAAGCAAAUAUGUGACUUUUGAGAUUUUAUAGUUUACCUGCCAAUUUAAGUACCAAGUUAUUAUUCUAUUACGCUCCUUGUGUAAAAAAUCAGAUGCUUUCCUGGAUAGAUUACUUCAUGAAAUUUAAAAGACUUUUAAUGUUUGUCAAUUUACUAUCACACCUCAACUGCUUCUAGAUCCCCUAAUAAAAAACUUAAAGUCUAAUAAAAAGGAGUAAUCUUCGCUUAACUUCUAUGCCAAGGCUUAGAAACUUGAUUACUUGGAGGAUUGUUUCAAACUUAAUCUCAAGAUUAUGGUUUAGCUAGAUGAUAACAAUAGGUACUACAGGUUUGAUUAAAAUCAGGCUUAAAAUUUAUAUGAAGUUCUAAAGAAUGAUGAUAGUGAAUUCGAUAGCAUUUUGAUCUCGUUUGAUUUUAAGUAUUCAAGUCAUUUCGAGGUAAAAAAUGAACCUGUCAUGGAGAUUAUUUAAAAAUUAUGCAUUAUCACCAAAGAAAAUUAGUUACGUGCCAAAGAAAUUGUAUUUCACCGAAAUCAUCAAGGUGUUUUAGACUAAAUUAUCGGAUACUUUUUGUAGAAGGACAUCAAUACAAGUAAUUAGUAUUUCAGCUCUAUCACUGCAGCGAAAUAAAAAGGUGAAAUGCCAGAAGAAGUUUACAAUAUAAAAUUUAGUGGUUAUAAUUUAGAAUCACUGGUAUUUUAAAAACAAUUGCUGAAUGUAAGAGGACUAAAGUAGUUAUCAUCAAUGCUUAUAAAUUGCUAGAACAUUUCUAGUCUAACAUUGGAGGAAAUAAUGCCUCCUUGCACUGAUUUACAAUAUCAUCCUUUUUGUGAUUAAAUGAUAGAAACUAUGAAAAGUCUUCAAUACUUGACCAAUCUUAAAUCCCUUAAUAUAUCAAGAAACCAUUUCGCAGACGAUUUCUUAAAACUUCUUGUACCAGUUAUAAGGCCCUUGAAACUAAAAUAUUUAGACAUAUCUGCAAAUCAUCUCUCAGAAGAAGGAAUAUCGGCUAGUAAGGAACUCUUUUAGAAUAACUACUUACUGCAUGAACUAAGAUUCGAUUAUAACAAAUUUAGGAAUACUUGGACAACUAAAGUAAUCCCUGAUAUCUUUAAAGCAAUACCAAACUUGAAAAUACUGAGUCUGAAAAUGUGCAGACUAAGUGAUAAUCUAAUCUCUGAAUUAUGUCCAGGGUUUCAUUGUGGUCUCUAACGCUUAAACCUAUCCUUCAAUAGAAUUACCAAGGAUGGAAUUCAGGCUAUAGCAGAACACUAUGAAAAAGUCACUGAAUAGAUUAUGUUAGAGGUAUUGGAACUUGAUAACAAUGAAUUAAAUGAUUUUUCGUUCCCCUCUUUAGCUAAAAUAUUGAAGUAUUGCAAAAAUUUGAAGAAAUUUGAUCUCAGCUAGAAUUUGUUCAUGGCAAGUAGAUAUGAGAUGGCAAAAUUAAAGUAUUAUUAUAGGAUAAAUUUGAUAUUCUGA